AUGGCAAAGCCGGGAAAGGGCUCUAAGAAGGGCUCCAUAUCUCGCGAGCUAGACAACAAGGUGUUGAAUCUGAUCGUGGACCUGCUGAAUGAGCAGUCAGCUGCCAAACAACAGACCGUCUCAGAUGUCUCGGGCCAGGAGACUUAUGAUCCUUACGACAACAUUGCGUUGGCUAAGGACCUCAAAUAUGACGAGAUCGUAGCAUAUUGUCGGUUUAAGGACAAGUCGUUUGUGCGGAUGAAGGAUGAGCAUAUGAGAGCUUCUAUAGAGCGCACUUGGAAAGUGCUGAAGGAAGAGGAAAUUGAAGAGAUGAAAAGUCUCGGAAUAGAGGCAAGAAUUGGAGACGAAGAUGAGAGUGAUGCUGAAAGACUUCUUAUUGAUGAAAAUCUCAUGGAAGUGAAAGACACCAAUGUAAUGAACAAGAGUGUGGUGAAUCUAUGGACGCUGGGCGAAACCAAACCAGAACAGGAGCCAUCGGAAUCCACAGAGGUGCCGAAAGCGGACGAAGACGGGAAGAAAAGCAAGAAGCGUUCUAAAGAGUCCAAAUCCAGUGGGUCGAAGCGUAUAAAGCCAGAGAAAGACCGGACCCCUCCUAGUCUUACGCUCAAGUCGCUUGGUGGUCUUGACGAUGUGAUUUCGCAGCUCAUGGAGAUCGUGGGAAUGCCUAUACUGCAUCCGGAAAUCAACAUCUCAAUGGGACUGCAACCACCUAGAGGAGUUCUUCUUCAUGGUCCGCCUGGUUGUGGAAAAACCACGAUUGCGAAUGCUCUCGCUGGUGAACUUCAGGUUCCGUUCAUCUCACUCAGUGCACCUUCUGUGGUGAGUGGAAUGUCCGGUGAAAGUGAAAAGAAAGUUCGUGAGAUCUUUGAUGAGGCUAAGUCCAUUGCACCAUGCUUAAUUUUCCUCGACGAAAUUGACGCAAUCACCCCGAAGCGUGAUGGAGGUGCCCAGCGUGAGAUGGAGAGACGGAUCGUUUCACAGUUGCUCACGUGCAUGGACGAGCUCUCGUUGGACAAAACUGACGGUAAGCCCGUAAUUGUCAUUGGUGCUACAAACAGACCAGAUUCUUUGGACGCAGCUUUGAGACGGGCUGGACGGUUUGAUCGUGAGAUCUGUGUGAACGUGCCCAGCGAGACCGCGAGAUUCCAUAUCCUCGCCUCGAUGAUGCAGGGAAUUAAGGUCAGUGGUGAAUUCGACCUUGUGGCAAUCGCCCGGAUGACUCCAGGCUAUGUCGGGGCCGAUCUCAAGUCCUUGGUAACGGCAGCUGGUAUUGCAGCACUGAAGCGUAUAUUUGGCAGUCUGAGUCAGGUGGAGCAGAUUCUUGCCCAGGAAGACGGAAUGGAGAUUGACGGAUCAAACAGCGUUAUUCCCGGUGAAAUUUCAACUAUACAGAGGUUUCUGACAAUGCAUCCUUCUCCGUUAACACCGGAACAAUUGGAGCCUCUGGCUAUCCAGCAGGAAGACUUCCUCACAGCAUUGCCAACUAUCCAGCCCACCGCAAAGCGUGAAGGUUUCGCAACAGUCCCAGACGUUACGUGGGCCAGUGUGGGUGCUCUUUCCAAUGUUAGAAUGGAGCUUCACAUGGCCAUUGUUCAGCCAAUCAAACACCCCAAGAUCUAUGAAAGAGUGGGUAUCACGGCACCAGCAGGAGUCUUGAUGUGGGGGCCUCCUGGUUGCGGUAAAACGCUCUUAGCAAAGGCUGUUGCCAAUGAGUCGAAGGCAAACUUCAUUUCCGUGAAGGGCCCCGAGUUGCUGAACAAGUAUGUGGGUGAAUCUGAAAGGGCCGUCAGACAAGUUUUCACGCGAGCACGGGCAUCGGUUCCGUGUGUGAUUUUCUUUGACGAAUUAGAUGCCUUGGUUCCAAGACGUGAUGCUUCUCUUAGUGAAUCCAGUUCAAGAGUUGUGAAUACUCUUCUGACCGAGCUAGACGGCUUGAACGACAGAAACGGUGUGUUCGUGAUCGGUGCUACCAAUAGACCGGAUAUGAUUGACCCUGCCAUGUUGAGACCAGGAAGACUCGAUAAGAGUCUCUAUAUUGAAUUACCUUCACCUGAUGAACGUCUGGAAAUUCUGACUACUCUCAUUCGCUCCAACGGUACACCUGUUGAUCCAAAUUUCGAUUUGGCAUUGGUGGCUCAUGACGAGCGUUGCAGGAACUUCUCUGGAGCAGAUCUCAGUUCUUUGGUCAGAGAGGCCGGUGUGGUUGCGUUGAAAAAACGGUUUUUCCGAGGUGUUGUUCCGGACGAGGCCAAUAUUCAGGACGAGGAUCAUUCCAAGAUAUUCGUGACUGGUGAUGAUUUGCUGUUGGCAUUGUCCAAUGUGAAGCCUAGUGUCAGCGAUAAAGAUCGGAUGAAAUACGAGCGUUUGAAUAAAAGACUGGGCUGGUCGAAAACGGAGGAUCCGAAUAACAGCAGUGUUGAUCAGAUUGGAGUUUGA